AUGGAUACCACCUUCAUCACCAUCCACGACCUCUCCGAUGACGCCCACAUCUUAUAUUCUUCCGAUUCCAUUGUCGACAUCCUCGGUCACACGCCCGACGAGGUAGUCAAUCGGUCCGUGUGGCAAUUUUUUCAUCCAGAUGAACUUCCUCUGGCCAGGGCGCAUCACAGCCGGGGAGUGAGACUGGACAAGGCCGCUGUCUUGUCCUAUUGCCGCCUGAAGAAUCGCCAGGGGGAAUGGGUCGGUUGCGAAUGUUGCUUCUCCGUCGUCUACGAUGUCCUUGUCUGCUGCACUAGCAUCUAUAGACAUGGUAUGCAGAGCCAGAAACGUGCGGUCGAGGCUCCUAUAGUGCGCAAACUGUUCGCCUCGUCACCCAAGGACCCGCGCUACCACAUGUUAUCGCAUCUGUCUAGCAAGUUUGAUCUCGGCCCCGAUGAUCAGACUCAUGAGCCGCGAGCUGCCUUGUUCCUCAAUAGGUUCACGCGAACCCUGACUGUCAUGUACGCAACCAGUGGCAUUGAGCAGAUUAUAGGUAUCUCUGGAGAGGCUAUGAAGGGACGCAGCUUCUAUUACUGCAUUGCUCCCAAUUGUCUUGAAGACGCUGUCCGCUGUCUAGAGUCGGCCAAAGGAAAUGACUCUAUCGCUUAUAUGCGCUUCUUUUUUCGCGACCCUCGACAGGACGACGCACCUGAUGCCUCGUCUUCUGAGAGCGAAGAUGAUAUCAUGACAGAUGUCACAUCCGACGAUGAGUCUGAGGGUGGAGUAGGUCUCGGCGGCCACUCUACAUCCAACGGUACAGCCAGACAUCCUUCAGACUCAAACCACACCACAGAUAACAGCGAGGAGCGGUCUGCGUCGCGUACCAAUUCUGGCGAUAACCGCAAUCCAAGCGACCCGCACCACGUCAUGUUUGGUGGUUCUGCGCCCCGCUCAUCGAUAUCCUCUAUUAGUUCGCCUCGGUCUGAGGUUCGCGACGACCCUAUCGAACUCGAAGCUGUCAUAUCCUGUACUUCCGAUGGGCUGGUCGUGUGUCUACGACGUGCGCGCCCCAUGUUACCAGGCACAAUGCCUGUUGCCCAGCCAGCACAGCAAUACAACGGCAUCUACGCCGCACCAUGGGCAACACAACCCGUGUUCCAUCCGGCUCCACAACAGAUGCCUCAAUAUCCUUUGGGCGCCCGACAUCCAGCUAUGGUGCAGGCAGGACCGUCCAUGGAAUUCCAGAACAACUUCAUGCAGAGCAUUCGCGACGUCGCUGUCUUUGCUUGGGCACUUACUGGCAUCAACGGCAGUCUCGUCGAUUAUGCUCGUGGUAAACCAAUAGGGGAGAGUCAGCCACCAGAAGGCUUCCCAGUCUGGAACCCUUUACCGAACCCCGGAUUUGGCAAACAACUAUCUGCAGCACCAUCAGGUUAUGUGUCGGGGUCCAAUAGCUCGUCAAGCAACGACCCAUUUGGAUUCGGCGACCCAGGUCUUCGCUGA